AUGGAAAGGAUUCAGGGAGAUAUAAUUGGCAGAGGCUGGGUUGAUCGAAGUAAGGAUUCAAAGGCGAAACUUCUUUUGCAAUUCGCUGAGAAAAUCCGCGAGAUGCGGGAACUUCAGCCCCCACAAGGCAAUAUAGUUGCUUCUAUUGAUGGCGAAUCGCUUUUUGACUGUCGUGUUCCAGGCCUUUCUUUGCGCUUCAGUCCCUUUAAUCCUAUCCAGAGCUUCCAUCGGCACUUACGCAUGGGCAUGGAAUUUGAUUCAAGGAUUGACUCUGAAAUUCAGGGUCUUAUCAAACAGCAAAGCAAAACUUGGCCUUUGGUAUUUACACACGGCGACCUUAGCAGCCGCAACAUUCUUGUUCGUGGAGAUGACAUUGUUGGUAUUAUUGAUUGGGAAAAUGCUGUCAACCCACAAAACUCUUUAUGGGUCAAUGAGAUUGAUAAAUUCCCACAACCAAUGCCUGAAGAGCUGGCGAUGGAACAGGUCCGUCGAAAAUAUUUUGGCGAUGUUUAA